GUUUCUUAAAGCCAACGAUUCCAUCAAUGGAUGGUUUGGGAUGAAUGAUGAUGAUGAGCUCGAAGACGAUCAAUCACAGUUCCCAUUUGAAAUCCAAGCCCUAAACAUCUCUUGCUCUCCUAAUCAAUUCGACCUCUUCUCAUUUUGGUAUAUUUAUAGAUCGAUACAUAUUCACAUUGAGAUUUGAUUGUUUUGGAUUGAGAAAAUGGCAGGGAUUUGGGGUUGCAUUUAUGUAGGGGUUCUGAAAUCUAGGGUUUCCAUCGGGGCCCUUUGAUUUAGACAAGAGCCCUGUGGAUAGGAGGAGAGAGAGGGAGAGAGGAGAGAGGAGGGGGAAGAAAGAGAUGAAGACCCUGUUAGGGAGCCCAGGAACUGUGAGUGGGCUGAUGUUGAGGAUAGGGCAGUGUUUGUUUGCUUCUGCUUCCAUUGGAGUCAUGGCCUCUGCUAUGGGUUUCUCUAACUACACUGCUUUUUGCUAUUUAAUUGCAUCAAUGGGGCUUCAGGUAUUGUGGAGCUUUGGACUUGCAUGUCUUGAUGGUUAUGCUUUGAGGAUAAAGAGAGACCUUCAAAACCCAGUCCUAGUGAGCCUGUUUGUUGUAGGCGAUUGGGUGACUGCUACUCUAUCACUUGCAGCUGCAUGCUCAUCAGCAAUUGCAGUUUUGUAUGCAAGGGACUUGGAUUUCUGCAAGGUUCAAACGCAACUCCCAUGCAGCAGAUUCCAGCUCUCUGUAGCGCUGGCUUUUGUCACCUGGUUCCUCGUUGCCAUAUCUUCUCAUGUGAUGUUUUGGAUCUUAGCCUCGGUUUGAAUAGCUCGUGCGUUUUCUCUCUGUUGGCACACAUUCUUCACUACCCUCUGUUGUUUCACAUGUAAAUCUGGUCUGUGUCUGCUGUUUUGGGCAAUUGUCAAUUUUUUUUUUUCCUUUUCAAUUCGAUAUUGUGUGAUUUUGAAGGCUUCCUAAUGCGGGCUUGGCUCGAAUUCUGGCUAAUGCAGUUGUAACCACACUCUUCCCUCCCCCAUUUUCUUUUCUAGCUAACCCAAUUGAGUGUAAAACAUAUCAUGUAAUUUUAUACUACUGAGGUGUUAAAUGUACCGUUUUCAAUACAUAUCACGUAAUUUUAUGCAA